AUGCCAAUUGAUUAUUCAAAAUGGGACAAAAUUGAGAUCUCCGAUGAUUCAGAUGUUGAGGUACAUCCAAAUGUUGAUAAAAAGUCAUUCAUUAAAUGGAAACAAAGAGAUAUUCAUGAAAAAAGAAUGCAAAGAAAUGUUGAGAUAAAGUCAAUUCUAAUACAAUUGACUAUGUAUUCCAAUUUAAAUGAGCGGGUUGAUUAUUUAUUAUCAAUAUUGAAACCAUCAGAAUUAUUAGAUGCAUCAUUGGUUAAAAGAACUCUAGAUACCAAAUUUGAUCCUAAACAAAAUUUCAAUUAUGAAGAGUUAAUUAAGGACAAAGGUGAUACAUUGAGAAAAGGGUUGAAAGACUUGACUUUCAGCAAAGAAGAAGUUGAUAAUCUUCCACCAUACAAUGAAAUGAUUGAAGAUUUAUUUGUACAAAUAAAAGAGGAUCACGAGGAUGCUAAAUCAGAUGGAAACAAAUUGAUAGAGUAUUUGAAAGAACAUAGAAAUAAAAUCGAUGACGUUUUGAGUAAACAAACCAUCAAGUUGGAUGAUUUGUUGAACCAAAAAGCUCAAUUGAUCGUGAGUGAUGAUUUACAUACUGGUUUUGAUAGGUCAUUCUUGAAUAAAGAUAAAGAAGAAGAUGACGAAGAAGAAAAGCUGCAAACAACCCCAUCAUCAUCUCAAAAAGAAACUAUUACCACCACUGAAACCCUUAAUUCUCCAUCAUCAGCUAAUGUUGAAUCUCAAAAACCUAAAACGGAUAAAGAUCUACUAGAUGAAUUAGAAAUUUUACCAGAAACCGAAAAAUUUGGCAGUAUAGCAGCUGAAAACUUAUCCGAGUCAGCUGAUUACCUCAUUAAACAUACCAAAAUUUGUACCGAAUCGCAAAAAGACGCUUUAUUAAUGACUGCUUUUGAUGCACAAUUAAGUAAUGACAGUUCAAAAGCUAAAAACAUAAUACAUCAAUCACUAAUAAUUCAAUAUGUCACCCAAUUGAAAGGCAAUAAGAAUACAAAAGAUGAUACGAUAAGAGCUAUUAAAUUACUAUUUGGCAAAUUUCAAGAUAAAGAUCCGAAAGUAGAGCAAUUAUUCAAAGAAGAAUACACUAAUCUUGUCAAUCAUAUCACGAAACGAUGUGAAAUCAUUAAGCAAGAAGAAGCGGCAAGAGCUGAAGGUAAUGAAGGUCAAGAAGAAGAAGCAUUACUUCAACUAAGAGCAUUAGAUGAUAAUACAAAACUAUCUGUAGCUAUUCCGUCAGAAGGUACUCCAGAAUAUAAAAUAUUUCAUGAAAAAUUACCUAUUGAAUUUCAAAAUGCUAUCAAAACCGAAAAUAUAGAUGAAAUUAAUAAAGAAUUUGCAAAAUUAAAGUUUGAAGAUGCUGAGAAGAUUUUGGAUGUUUUUAAUGAGUGUGGAGUCAUAUCAGUCAGUGGAAUUUUGGAAAAUGAAGAGGAAUUUGAGAAUUUGAGAAAUGAAGAAGCAUCUACUUAA